AUGGCAACUGUCGUUGACAGCACCGCUCACUUUGAUGCUCGGCUGCUGGAGAGUGGGAUAUCACAGACAGUGCUGGACGCCAUUAAGGCAAGUGGAGUGGAUACUCUUAGUCGAUUAGCAUUUGCAGUAGGCCAGCCAAAUCAACCAUUGGCCAAUGACGACAUCACAGGAUUCCUGCAGACAGCCCUAGGAAGGGCCCCAUCGUUGUUGGAGACCUCGACGGUCAAGAGAUUAGCAUUCGAAGCACAGACGUUCUUGGUGGCGUCCUUACGCCAGAGCAUUGAGCAGACAGACGACUCGGUUCCCCGGAACGAGAGAGCUUCGAGGAUGCAGGCAAUAAAGACGGCUUUGUUAGGUGUGAACAUCUCAGGAGAGCUUGAGCCAUCGCAUCUGCUUUUGGACAAGGCUUGUUCCAUGUAUGAAAAGAACAUCGUGGUGUACUUGGAGCCGAGCACAUGUGUCAGCAGGACUUUGGAAGUGCAAGGUGCAAAGCAAAGUCGUGAACUGAGCUUGGAAAAAGGAUCCUUGGUUCUUAGAAAUCAGGACCAGUUGACUGGUGCAACUGACAGUGAGAUCAAGCUUCACAAUGCCCUUGUCCGACGUGGCAUCGCUCUUCAAUUCGCCAAGCUGAUGUCGCAUGCUCAACACUCAGAAUGGGCAACAUUCUUGUUCGAGGCCCUGCACCGUGAUGCGCCACCUGGAUACAGCCGACCGAGUGUGGCACAACUGCUGCAAUGUGAUAGAGCGGCCUGGGCAAGAUUAGGCAGUACAGUGAACAGCAUUAGGCAGGACCAGCUUGGAGGUUAUCCAUUAGGUGUUGCUCUUUUGGCUUUGAGAUCCGAUCCAUACAUUACUUUGUUUUUGGCACCCUUAGCAAGACAUGGGUCGACGCAGAGUGAUUCGAGCCGACGCAAUACUGGACCCUACGAGUCGACUUGGCAUGAUCGCAUUUCGAAAGGAAAGGGAAAAGGCAAAAAGGGUUCAGGCAAGGGUGGGAAAAGCAAUCCACCUAUGCCACGUGAUCUUCAUGGGAAAUGGCACAAGACGCCAAAAGGAGACCCAAUUUGUUUUGGGUACAAUACCACACAAGGCUGUCCAGAGAAGAACGUGAAAGCUGGCGAAAAGUGUCGCCGAGGGCUGCAUGUCUGUGCCGAGCCGAAAUGCCAACAGCCUCACCCGCUGCAUGAGCAUGGGCGGUGA